UCCUGCCCUUCCGAUUUCUUCACUUUGGGCUCUUGUUUGAAGUCUUUCGUCAUUCUUUUGUCUUUCUCUCGUGUGUUUCACCAUUUUUCUCUUUAUCUCUGGAAGCGAAUGCGAGAUCUUGGCUGUGAUUAAGCGACGGCUGAAGAUCGGGUGUGCGCGAGGGGGAAUCGACGCUGAGUGGUGAAGGAUCCCACCGUGGGUGAUGGAGAACACCCCUGCAAGGGGUGGACUGAACCGGGUGCACCUACAAUGCAAGAAUCUACAGGAAUUCUUAGGGGGCCUGAGUCCUGGAGUAUUGGAUCGAUUGUAUGGGCACCCUGCCACUUGUCUGGCUGUGUUUAGGGAGCUCCCGUCUCUGGCUAAGAACUGGGUGAUGCGGAUGCUCUUUCUGGAGCAGCCUUUGCCGCAAGCUGCCGUAGCCCUGUGGGUGAAGAAGGAAUUCAGCAAGGCUCAGGAGGAAAGUACAGGGCUGCUGAGUGGCCUCCGUAUCUGGCAUACCCAGCUGCUCCCUGGUGGCCUCCAGGGCCUCAUCCUGAACCCAAUCUUCCGCCAGAACCUCCGAAUUGCCCUUCUGGGUGGGGGGAAGGCCUGGUCUGAUGACACAAGUCAGCUGGGACCAGACAAGCACGCUCGGGAUGUUCCCUCACUUGACAAGUACGCCGAGGAGCGAUGGGAGGUGGUCUUGCACUUCAUGGUGGGCUCCCCCAGUGCAGCUGUCAGCCAGGACCUGGCUCAGCUCCUCAGCCAGGCUGGGCUCAUGAAGAGUAGUGAACCUGGAGAGCCACCCUGUAUUACUUCUGCUGGCUUCCAGUUCCUGUUGCUGGAUACCCCUGCCCAGCUCUGGUACUUUAUGCUUCAGUAUCUGCAGACAGCCCAGAGCCGGGGCAUGGAUCUGGUGGAGAUUCUGUCUUUCCUCUUCCAGCUCAGCUUCUCUACUCUAGGCAAGGAUUACUCUGUGGAAGGUAUGAGUGAUUCUUUGUUGAACUUCCUGCAGCAUCUGCGUGAGUUUGGGCUUGUUUUCCAGAGGAAGAGGAAAUCUCGGCGUUACUACCCCACACGCCUGGCCAUCAACCUUUCAUCUGGUGUCUCUGGGGCUGCUGGGGGUACUGUGCAUCAGCCAGGCUUCAUUGUCGUGGAAACCAAUUACCGGUUGUAUGCCUACACAGAAUCAGAGCUGCAGAUCGCCCUCAUUGCCCUCUUCUCUGAGAUGCUCUAUCGCUUCCCCAACAUGGUGGUGGCACAGGUGACCCGGGAGAGUGUGCAGCAGGCCAUUGCCAGUGGCAUCACAGCCCAGCAGAUAAUCCAUUUCCUAAGGACAAGGGCCCACCCAGUGAUGCUCAAACAGACCCCGGUGCUGCCCCCCACCAUCACAGACCAGAUUAGGCUAUGGGAGUUGGAAAGGGACAGACUCCGGUUCACUGAAGGCGUCCUGUACAACCAGUUCCUGUCGCAAGUGGACUUCGAGCUGCUGCUGGCGCACGCGAAGGAGCUGGGCGUGCUGGUGUUCGAGAACUCAGCCAAGCGGCUCAUGGUGGUGACCCCGGCCGGGCACAGCGACGUCAAGCGCUUCUGGAAGCGGCAGAAGCACAGCUCCUGAGCCCGGAGAACCGGAGCACCCCGGGCCGGGACCGGACCCUGGCGGGCGGGCGGGCGGGC